GACAUUUCUCUUUUGCUUUUCCUGCGGAUUUUCUUUCGCGGAUACCACUCGCUAUGUCUGGACGCGGAAAGCAGGGCGGCAAGGCUCGCGCCAAGGCCAAGACGCGCUCGUCGCGGGCCGGGCUACAGUUCCCGGUGGGCCGCGUGCACCGCCUGCUCCGCAAAGGCAACUACUCGGAGCGGGUCGGGGCCGGCGCGCCGGUGUACCUGGCGGCCGUGCUGGAGUACCUGACGGCCGAGAUCCUGGAGCUGGCGGGCAACGCGGCCCGCGACAACAAGAAGACGCGCAUCAUCCCGCGCCACCUGCAGCUGGCCAUCCGCAACGACGAGGAGCUCAACAAGCUGCUGGGCCGCGUCACCAUCGCGCAGGGCGGCGUCCUGCCCAACAUCCAGGCCGUGCUGCUGCCCAAGAAGACCGAGAGCCACCACAAGGCCAAGGGCAAGUGAAACGUUUACGGAAUCUGCCUGCUCUCCCAACCCCGAAAAUCAAAGGCUCUUUUAAGAGCCACCCA